CACGAGAGAGAAAUACAGAGAAUUUCCUCCUAAAUAAUUCUUUCAUGGUAUCAGAGCCAAAACCCUAGAAAUAUUCUGCGACUACUGUUCACGAUCGCCCGGCAUGGCGUCCAUCGAUCGUUGCUCAGUUUUAGUCGGUUGUUGCUGUUGCCGGAUAACGGAACGGUCGACCGUUGCUCUAGAAUGGUCGAGCACGUCGACCGUCCCGUCGGCAGACUGUUUGAUUGAUGCUGCUGUUGAUUCUUCCGCCAACUUCGUACGCCACUCUGCUAUCGCCAUGGCUGAUGAACAACCAAGGAAGAUGUUUUUCUCCCUGUCAUUGUGUGUUUCUAGUAUGAAGCUUUCAGGUGCAUCUCUCGAUACAGAAAGUGCAAAUGAGGUUAGCUCUUAUGAUGAUGAUGAAGAAACAUGGACGGAAGAACAGAUGGACCGUUCCAGGAGGGACGGUGGACCAGAGGGAAGCGGUAGAGGAGACAGGCUACAGACGGUCGACUUGAUGGACCGUUCGGAUGUCCACGGUUGACUGUCCGAGAGGCAGAAUGACGGGUUCCUGAGAGAUGACCAAACGGUCGACCUGGUGGACCGUUCUAAUAUCCACGGUCGAUCGUCCGCGAGGCAGAAUGACGUUUCU